CCCGAUGAAUAAAUUAAAUAUUGUAACAGACAGAUUAAAGGAAAAACACUAGAGCAGACUUGAAUACAGUCCAUACCCGUAGACUCAUCUGGUCCGUAAGUAGUUGGUAUGAUUAAGCUUACAAAGAGAGGAAAAAAGUUAGAUAGAAAGAAGAUUCAUGCUCUUCUGUGAAGAUUCGAUUCAUUUCUGUCUCCUAGAUUGAGAAAUCAAAGUGGCGAGGCUUUUGAGAUUGAUGGUCCUCUCAACGGCUGUCUGAAGAAAAAAUGGGGAGGACGUAUUCGGCUAAUUCUAAUGAUUACAAACUUCUAGAAGAGGUGGGAUACGGUGCGAGCGCAACUGUUUACCGAGCGAUCUAUUUGCCUUCCAAUGAAGUUGUGGCCGUCAAGUGCUUGGAUCUCGAUCGAUGCAAUAGCAAUCUGGAUGAUAUUCGUAAGGAAGCUCAAACAAUGAGCCUAAUUGAUCAUCCCAAUGUUAUAAAAGCAUUUUGUUCAUUUGUUGUUGACCGAAACCUUUGGGUGGUUAUGCCUUUUAUGGCUGAGGGUUCUUGCUUACAUCUCAUGAAGAUAGCAUACCCUGACGGAUUUGAAGAAUCUGCCAUCGGAUCUAUCUUGAAAGAAACUUUGAAGGCUUUGGAGUAUCUUCAUCAACAUGGCCAUAUCCAUCGUGAUGUGAAGGCUAGUUGUUUUUACUAUUUAGAAUUUAUAUUAAAAUUUGACUUGGGCCUCUGGAUUGUCAACAUAGCAGGAAAUAUAUUAAUGGAUAGCGAUGGUGAGGUGAAACUUGCUGACUUUGGUGUUUCAGCAUGCAUGGCUGAUAUUUGGUCAUUUGGAAUAACUGCGCUGGAGUUGGCUCAUGGACAUGCACCAUUCUCAAAAUAUCCUCCAAUGAAGGUUCUGCUAAUGACCAUUCAAAAUGCCCCACCUGGACUUGAUUAUGACCGUGAUAAGAGGUUCUCUAAGUCUUUUAAAGAAAUGGUGGCCAUGUGCUUGGUGAAAGAUCAAACAAAGAGACCGACUGCAGAGAAAAAUGCAAAGCCUCCUGAGCUUUCUGUGAAAAAUCUGUUUGUUGACCUGCCACCACUAUGGAAGCGUGUGAGAGAUCUCCAGCUAAAAGACGCUGCACAACUUGCUUUGAAAAAGCUUGCCUCAGCAGACCAAGAAGCUAUCUCUCAGAGUGAGUACCAGCGAGGAGUAAGUGCAUGGAACUUUGAUAUUGAAGAUUUAAAGCAUCAAGCAUCUUUGCUGCAAGAUGAGGAUGAAAUACAAGAAAUCAAGGAAGAAGAAUACAGCUUCAGAUUUUGUACGAGUGCAGAGGUUGCAUCUAGUUCAGCGGGGAAGACAAUGGCUACAAAUAAUUUUGACAGAGAAAAAACAAAUGUUUUCGACGUGCCUGUACUGGAGAAUCAGACAAAUAAAGGAAAGGUAAAUGAAGAUGCUAUAGCAGGAUAUGAUUGUAAUAGUGGUAAAUCUGAUCUUAAGAAUAGAGAACCAAAGCCUGAGCUUCCGCCACCAGUAGUAGAAAAAGAAGCAGCACAAGCCAAGACUAGAAAUCAGAUUGGAAGGCCUCGUCAAACUCAAAGCGGGCCACUCGUGCCUGCUGCUGUGCUAAGUCAUUCACAAUCCGAAAGAGCGCACAACUUCGAAAGGUGUGAGAUCGAAAACCACCAAAUAGCUGACAAGGCUCAGUCAGGGCGGAAAGCUCCUAGUUUUAGUGGUCCUCUAAACCUUCCUAACAGAGCUUCAGCAAACAGUUUAUCAGCUCCAAUUAAAUCCUCAGGAGAUUCUUUAGAUGACAAAUCAAAGACGAAUUUGGUACAAAUUAAAGGGAGAUUCUCUGUAACAUCAGAAAAUGUUGAUCUUGUAAAGGGGUCGCCAUUGAGGAAGUCUGCUAGCGUUGGAAGCUGGAUAUUCGAUUCUAAACAAAUGCCCCAAUCAGCGUCACCCAAGGAAAUUGGUAGCAGUAAUGGGCUUGUGUCUAUUCUCAUGCCCCACCUUCAGAAUCUAUUCCAACAAACUUCAAUUCAACAGGAUAUUAUCAUGAAUUUAUUAAGUAGCUUGCAUACAGUGGAUGUAGAAAAUGCUCCUCAAAAUGGGAAAUUGCCUCCUUUGCCCCGUGCUUCUGAAAAUAAUGGUGGUGUAAGCACACUCACCUUUCGCAUGGAGAUACUUGUUUCUGAAAGGGAACGAAUGCUGCUUUUGAAGAUCUCUGAACUCCAAGCAAGGAUGAAUAGCUUGACCGACGAAUUAACGGCUGAAAAACUGAAGUACAUGCAAUUGCAACAGCGGUUAAAUGCUGCAACGGCCUGCAAAGAUAAUGGAGAUAGAAGAGGAGGAGAUUCAUGAUUUUUCAGAUGGCAUCACAGUGUACAUUCAGAGUGAACAAAGCACGAACAAAAGUGAAGCAGUUGAUGUACCUUUUACCUGGGAUCAUUCUUUUGCUACAAAAUGCUGAAUAGUAACAGUAGUGAGAGAAAAGGAUCCCAGCCUUGUUUGACAGAACAGAAGAAUAUACUCAGCCGAAGAAGAUAUUAUUUUUCCGUUUGUGCUGGUGGAAAUUAGCUCGCUGUGCCUUAUGUGAGUUAUAGCUUCGAGUCCAUAAGAGAGAGAACCACAGGGUCAUCUACUGUAUCCUAUUGUAUUAUGUGAGUUAUAGAUUCAUGUAUGUGCCUGUGUUAAACUUCUGUGAAUAUCAAAUUUGUAACACUAUGCACUGGUAUAUAGAGCACAUUCUACAAGUGGUCCACCCUUAUUGCGGGUAACUAUACAGUAUGGGGUGGUGUAUUCUGUAUCAAUAAAUUAUAUACCAUUUUUACUUUACCUAUAAUGAAUUUGGCUAAAAUUUCAAGUAUGACCGAG